UAAACACACGUACACAUUGACACAGAAACACACAUACACACAGACCAGGACCACACCGACCGGUCUGUCUCCUUAAGAUGCUGGAAUAACGGCGUGAAACGAACAUCUUUUGCUUCUUUAUCGUGACCAUCUUACUCACUGUCUCCAAAAUGUCUGGGAAAAUAGACAAUAAACAAGAAUCCCAGCGUUCACACUUGACAUCCUUUACGAUGAAACUAAAGGAUAAAUUCCACUCUCCCAAAAUCAAGAGGACGCCAUCAAACAAAAAGUCCAAACCACCACCUGAACAACCUGUGAAGUCCCCAGAGAAGACAGUGACCAAGAGUCUGAAUCGAUUAGAGGAGCAUGAGAAAGAAGUGGUCAGCGCUUUGCGGUACUUCAAGACGAUAAUCGACAAGAUGGCAGUGGACAAGAAAGUCCUGGAAAUGCUUCCUGGAUCAGCCAGCAAAGUGCUGGAGGCCAUCAUGAGCCUGGUACAACUAGAUGGCAAGAUAUUGAGCAGUUCACGAGUGUCCUCCUGUCUGAAUCGGCUCUAUCAGAGUCUUGCAAACCUCAUACGCUGGUCAGACCAAGUAAUGCUGGAGGGGGUGAAUUUAGAAGAUAAGGAAACAAUAGCGACUGUCACCACUGUGAUCAAAGCAGUGCUGGAUGGUGUAAAGGAGCUUGUUAAAGUCACCAUCGAGAAGCAGGAACAGCCCUCCCCCACGACGCCUGUCAAAACCCUGCCUUCUGUCGCCAGUCCACAGCGUGUUCCAGAGCCCCCUGUCAUUGAGAUGAAGAAAAACAUCUCAAAUGAUGCCCCUGCCCCGUCUGAGACCACAGAGAUGCCAAAUGAAGUCCCUGAUGAGGAGCUGGCCCCUCCUAAACCCCCUAUACCUGGACUCAAAGUGCCUGAACACUGUCCACCGGCUCUUCCCCCAAAGAAGCGUCAGUCUGCACCGUCUCCCACAAGGAUUGCCGUGGUUGCGCCGAUGAGUCGUACCACUAGUGGAUCAAGUCUCCCUAUUGGUAUCUGUCGACAGGAUUAUGAGACAGAUGCAUUACAGAGGCGUUUUUCGGGGGGCAGUCACUCUUAUGGAGGUGAAUCGUCACGUCUGUCCCCCUGUGGCAGCAUCGGCGUAUUGAGCAAGUCUGACGAACAGCUGUCCUCACUGGAGCAGGACAGUGGACAGUGCUCUCGUAACACCAGUUGUGAGACUCUAGACACAGCAGAGAGCUACGACCCCGACUAUGACUUCCUGCAUCAGGACCUGUCUAGCAUCGAUCAGAUCCCUGCCGCACACACAGGGGGUUGUCUAAGCCCUCUCCCCGAGUCUCACCAUGAAUCAUCCCCCUUCCCUGUCCAGCUUCAAUCAAUACCGCCCGCUCUCCCAAAGAAGGAACGGCGGCCACCUCUGCCUCCGGUGGAACGGCUUUACUCUCAGUAUGACAACGUUUCAGAAGAGGACAUGCAGACCCCACCCUUCCCUCUCUUCACAUCAAUGCCACCCUCGAACCCUGGAGAAUUUAUGGGAAACUUCAGCCCCGCUGAAAACAGUCACAUCCCCCAGAGCCCCCCGCCUCUGCCAGAAAAGAAGAGUCGACAUAUCCUGAAAUACAUGCAGUUUAUGGAGGACUAUUCCGAGCCGCUGCCUUCCAUUUUCUACCAGACGCCGCAGAGUGAAAGCAUUUACGAGCAGCGCAAUAGGAAGCGCUUUCAGGAAGUGUAUGGCCUCAGCGACUCCUUCAGCAGCAGCGAUGAACCCCUCCCUCCCCCGGCCCUGCCACCCAAACAGAGACAGCUGAGUGAAAGUGCUAAUGAUGAAGGUGGGGAGGGUGAAUAUGUCAAUCUGUAUUCAUCCAACCAGACCAAUGGAGAUGUGACUCUCUCCAAUGGAGACUCUUCUUGUGAACCUGAGGACUCACUGCAGGACUCUGCAUCAGAACACAGUAAAGAUCCGGCUGACAGAGAAGGCUGGAAGCAAAAGUGUGCAGACUCAGAGUUGACCUCAGAGGAGGUGGAUGAGCUCUCACUGAUUGACCAUGACGAGAUCAUGUCUCACAUAACACUAAAGCAAGAGAACGACGAUGGCCCUGAUGUCCGAGCUGGAUCAGGAGACAUUUUAUUAGUUCAUGCCACAGAAACAGAUCGCAAAGAUCGAGUUUUAUACUGUGAAGCUUUCUUGACUACAUACAGAACUUUUCUAACCCCAGAGGACCUCAUUAAAAAGCUCCGCCAUAGAUUUACUAGGUUUUCUCACAGUUCUGACAGCGUCAAACAGCGUGUUAGUAAAAACACAUUCUUCGUGCUGGUGCGGGUCGUGGAUGAGCUUUGUUUGGUGGAGCUCACAGAAGACAUCCUGAAGCAGCUCAUGGAUCUCGUGUUCAAUCUGCUAAUUGACGGGGAGCUCAUUCUGGCCCGAGUUCUGCGCAAGAACAUUUUAGAUAAAGUCCAACAGAAGAAGUUGCUGCAGUACUCCAACUCCCUCAAAACGCUCGCAGCACGAAGUGUGGCUGCAAGGCCUGGCACUCUGCAUGACUUCCGCAGUCAUGAGAUCGCAGAUCAGCUCACUCUCCUUGAUGCAGAGCUGUUUUAUAAAAUAGAGAUCCCUGAGGUGUUACUCUGGGCCAAGGAACAGAACGAAGAAAAGAGCCCCAAUCUAACCCAAUUCACAGAGCACUUCAACAACAUGUCAUACUGGGUUCGAUCCUUGAUAAUCCAACAGGAGAAAGCCCAGGAUCGAGAAAAACUUCUUCUGAAGUUCAUCAAAAUUAUGAAGCACUUAAGAAAACUCAAUAACUUCAACUCCUACUUGGCAAUAUUAUCAGCAUUGGAUUCAGCACCUAUUAGAAGACUGGAAUGGCAAAAGCAAACUUCAGAGGGUUUGGAGGAGUAUUGCACUUUAAUUGACAGUUCCUCCUCAUUCCGGGUGUAUAGAGCAGCUUUGGCAGAUGUGGAGCCUCCAUGUAUACCGUACCUAGGUCUCAUCCUCCAGGACUUAACUUUUGUGCAUCUUGGGAAUCCUGACCUCAUUGAUGGAAAGAUCAACUUUUCCAAACGCUGGCAGCAGUUCAAUAUCCUAGACACUAUGAGACGCUUUCAGCAAGUGCACUAUGAUCUCAAACACAAUGACGACAUUGUUUCCUUCUUCAACGACUUCGGUGAUCAUCUAGCUGAGGAGGCAUUAUGGGAGCUCUCUUUGAAAAUCAAACCUCGUAACAUCACAAGACGGAAAACAGAACGAGUGGAAAAGACAUAGUUCGUCCAAGUAAAUGAACUGCAUUUAAACCCCACCCCCCUAUGAAGUUGCAAGACACAGCAAUCAAAAGUUACUGUAAUGGCAGCUACGAGACUGGAAACAAUGCUGUAUUUCUGUUACAGUUUUUUUUUUUAUGUUAUAAUAUAUAUAUAUAUAAUUUUUUUUUUUUUUUUUUUUUGCACUGCAUCUUAGCCUGUGAGUAAAUUUGGAGUGGAACCAUGCCAAGCACAAAGAGUUAAAUCGGAUACAUGAGAUUAUGAGGUUUGAGAUUAUAACCUGGGAUUUAAGGUGAUAUUCCAGGACCACCUCACCAUCUGGAUGUUGGCAGUGCAAUCUGGAAACAACAUGACUCCAUGGCAAACUAAUAACAUUAUGCCUCAACAGGCACGGUGGAGGUCUAAGUUCCCUUGAAGACUGAUAUUUGUAUUUAUUUUUUAUAUAACCAAUGCACAUAAAGACUCUUUGGGUUUAGAGGGAUUGCUGUAUGUUUAGCUACUGGAUUGAACAGCUUUAAGCAUGUAUGGUAAUAUGUCAUAAUGAGGUCACAAGGUCAUUGUCAUUAAUAGCACAGGAUUUAUUUGCUAAUUCUGCAUUUAACACGGUUCUACGUUGAUCGCAUUUAUUACAUUAAUUCUUCGCCAGGAGUGUGUCAGUUUAUUUGCAUCAAGUUCUUUUAAAUGUACUGUCAAGAAAUGGCACUUCACUUUCAUAUUUCUGUUACAUACUAUUGCAGCCUGAGGCCUAUUUAAAAUUGGUUGUCUUCCAAUUACUAUUAAUUAUUGCCACUAAUCAGGGAAACUCGCAAUGUUUUUUUUUUUUUUUUAACCGUACAAGUUAUUUAUUUGUAAUAUUUAUGUGCAUAGAUAUGCUUGCAGUAUGUUUUUUAUUCCAAGUUUGUAAGCACCACUUGGAAAAGAAGAGUUGUGUUACUGGGUUUAUGGUACAUUUCAGUAUUUUUUGCAUAAGAAAAGGAUAACAUUUUGCACAGCAGCCAGGUACAAAAUUUAAUUCCUGUCUGACCUCCAAGAAAUAUCAUCAUGAUCAAGGACCUGCUAUCAAGUGCUUGAAGCUGUUCAUGAAGUGGUGUUAACGUGAUUUAUUUGUUUUUAUAUAAUGCAGUUUUCCUUUUGUUUUUAAAAGGAUUUUUCAUUGACAUUUUCAGAGAGAUUUUUCUCUGGCGUGUGAUGAUAAAAUGUGCACUUUGAAGUUGAUUGGAGGGACAAGAAUAAUAAUAAAAAAAAAAAAAAACUGUUGGACAGAUCACAGACGCACAUAUGAACCUGGAAUCCUGCAAUGAUUUUUACGGCAGGAACCUGCUCUUACCUGCAAAUUGGAAUUAAGUUGGUUUAGAUUUCCAAAGACCACAGACCACAAAUCACCACUGUUUGAAUAUGAUGAUUAUUCAGUUGCAUAUGAUGUACAACUGACAUGUACCUCUGUACAAGUAACCCUGUGAAACCUGGUAAAAUAAUAUACAUAUCA